AGCAUGUUCAUUUGCUGUCAAUCAGACCACCCAGCCCUCUCCCUCCCUUUCUCUCCUCUUCUGUGCACAGGACUCCACCUGAGGAACAGACAGCAUACCAGGAAGAUCAGCUGUCCUAACCUCUCCCUCUCUCUCCUCUUCUGUGCACAGGACUCCACCUGAGGAACUGACAACACACCAGAAAGAUCAACAGUUUGCAAAGAGUAAACUACAGCUCCCUCGUGUCUGGUAUUAUAAAAAGAAAGGUAACCUGACCUCGAGGGAAGGGAAAGACCGCCUGCUUUCUGAGGCGCCACACAGGAAUAAGAGGAUGUCAGUUUAUCAGAGAGAUAAGGCAGGUAAUUCAUUCUGAUAUCAUGAAAUAACAAGGAUGUCCAGACUGCAUUGUUGAAGGAUUAGGUUCUGCUAUCUGCUCAGAACGCUGGUGGCUGACAAUCCUGUUAUAUGACUCUUUAAAAUGGGUGACAUCACACACGACACCAACGAGAGUCUCCUCAAUUGGACGGCAAUAGACAGCUUCAAUAGCAGCAGCUGGAGGCCCCACUUCUCUGACUAUGACUGCCAGCCUUCUCUGUACAUCCUGUUGGUGCUGGUGAUGGCCUACAGUGUAGUGACUAUCGUGGGCCUCUUUGGGAACCUGUGCCUAGUCAUCAUCAUCCAAAGGCAGAAGGAGACACACAACGUAACCAACAUCUUGAUCGCUAACCUCUCCUUGUCGGACGUGUUCAUCUGCAUAAUGUGCAUCCCCUUCACUGUGGUCUACACACUGAUGGACCACUGGGUGUUCGGGGAGCCCAUGUGCAAGGUGAGCUCCUUCGUCCAGUGCAUGUCCGUCUCCGUGUCCAUCUUCUCCCUGGUCCUGAUCGCCAUUGAGCGGUACCAGCUGAUCGUCAACCCCAGGGGGUGGAAGCCCAACAUCUCCCACGCCUACUGGGGGAUCAUUCUGAUCUGGAUAGCCUCUGCCGUCCUGUCCAUUCCCUUCCUGAUCUUCCACCACCUGACUGAUGAACCCUUCAAGAACCUCACCGCCCACUCCAGCUUCUACAGGAAUAAAUACGCCUGCAUGGACGACUGGCCCUCCGAGGGGGACCGCCUGGGCUUCACCACCUGCCUGCUGGUGGUCCAGUACUUCGCCCCUCUGUGCUUUAUCUUUGUGUGCUACCUGAAGAUCUUCGUGUGCCUGCGUCGGCGGGGUGGGAUGGUGGACCGCCUGCGCGAGAACGAGACCAGGGUGAGCGAGAGCAAGCGCAUCAACAUGAUGCUCGUCUCUAUUGUGGUGGCCUUCGCUGUCUGCUGGCUCCCCCUCAACAUCUUUAACAUCAUCUUCGACUGGAACCACGAGGUCCUCCUCAACUGCCACCACAACCUGGUCUUCACGCUCUGCCACCUGGCAGCCAUGCUGUCCACCUGCAUCAACCCCAUCUUCUAUGGCUUUCUCAACAAGAACUUCCAGAAGGACCUCAACACCAUGCUGCGUCAGUGCUGGUGCAAGGCUGAGCAGGAGGAGUACGAGAACAUCGGGCUGUCCAACAUGCUUACAGAUGUCUCCAAGGCAUCUCUAAAACUCCACAAUGCUCCACCCAACAGCUAGCAGGAGAGCUUUUAGAACACAAUGAUGGCCCGUCUCACCCAGUUGUCCAGUGAGCUCUAGGAGGCUGAGCUGUCACUGAUGAACCCUGGACCAAAUCAACCUUCUAAAAUGUUGAUGUCAGGCAUCUUGUUGUUGUUCUUGUGUGCUGUGGAGGAAAAGGGUUAAUGUGAUUCAUGUUAAAACAACGUUUGAAGUAAUAUGUGACAGAGGCACAGCAUCAUCAUUGAAACUCUGCAGGCAGCAAGACUGUUUUCUGUUACAGUAUCUUUCUGUGCAAUUAGAUUUGAAUGCUCACUGUAAAAGAAACAUAAAAUCAUUUUCAAAUUCCACCAAUCACAUGCACAAUAUCAACAAUCAGUCUUCUACAGGUGCACCUGGGAAUUGUUCCACUGGCAUCUCUUUAUUUGAUUUGUAAAUCAAAUGGACCUUAGAGACCAGAUUCCAUAUUUCAAACUUAGUUAUUCUAUUUAUUCUUUAAGCAUUACACAACAUAAGGUGUAGUCACAACCUGUGAAACUUCAAUGGACAGACAUGCUGUAGCAUUCAGCCAAAUCCAAUAUAUACUGACUGUCUCAGCCAAUCGGGUUCUGAUUAGAGUGGUUAUUAUCCCACAGGUAGAGUCCUUGUAAAUGCCAACAAGACCUUAGGAAAGUCACUUAUCAUGGCGGCAUGAAUUUCAAGCAGCCAAAGUGAUCCAGUCCAAAAUAUAAUCUAAAAACACAUUGAAAAAUGCCUUCAUACACCACAUGUGUUUGCUUUAAAAUACCUUGUGCGAGGGUAACUCCCUGUUAGUUGUCUUUGGCUCAGGUCACCUAAUUGUCACAGUAGUCAAUUACACCAUGUAACAAUUUUUUUUUUUUUGUUCCUGGGUAGUAAGUGUUAUUUCCUAAUUGCUUAUGCCUCA